CUCGUUAAAGCCGUUUAUUCCUUCUGGUUCGGGGCUUUAUCCGGUCCCGGUCCCGAGCAGGCCGGACCGGACCCAUGGGGCACAGCGGGCCGGAACCGGGAGCUCCUGAGGCCGCAGCGGGAGCCCCACGCCGCCGCCGAGGGGAAAACAUGUCUGCUCCGGGUCUGCGCGCGUGCUUACGCCGGUCUAAGCGCGUGCACGCCAUUCAAUGACAGGUAGAGCGCGUGCAGCGUGAGGUUCGCUCCGGUUCUGGGUUCUGUUUGGCUGCAGGUUCGGUCUGCAGGGUCCAAUAGCUGCAUGCUCCAUCAGCGGACUGCAAGUCCCAGAAUCCUUUGCGGGAAUCCUGGGAAAGUUUUCCGGAUCCAGGAUGAGAUUCUGAAGGAGCGAGGCAUUUCCGGUUCUGAUCUCUGGUCUAAACUGUCAGCUCGGCUCCUAAAGAGGUUCGGGUUACCAUGACAACCAACCAGAGGCCAGCCGAGCCGACAGGCUGCGUCCAGCUGCAGAGCACGGUGAAGGCUCCGGCAUGGUGUGGGGUUGAGUUAAUGCAGCGCCACCUGGAGGCUCCGGGCAGCAUGACGGCACUUCUUCUUCUCUGACAUGUUUGUUUCUCCUCCAGGUGAUUUGAUCAGUCCAUUGAUUGAUGAUUGGCAGCUCAUCAGCUGAUUGGCUCAUGGUAACAACCAAUCAGCAUGGACUCUGAGGCCAUGCCCCCAAACCGCAGGACUCAUCCCGAUUGGCCAUGGUAGCAGAGGGGACGCCUCAUCCUAAGAUGGAGCAAUUGGACGAGCUGAGCUUAGGGGCGGGGCUUGAAGUGGCAGAGGAAGCAGGAUGUGGUGAGGAGGAGGAGCUCUGUGACCAGCCUGAACCGGCCGUGGAGGACGCUCCGCCGGACGCCAAGAUGGAGGACGCUCCGCCGGACGGCGUAACGAUGGAACAGUGCUGGAGGCGGCAGUUCCCGGACCUCCGGCGCUGCUCAGUCGUCCUCCUCAGGCUUCCUGCGGAGACGCUGCGGCUCUGGCGGUGGGGCGGAGCGGAGAGGAGGCGGAGCCAGCGCGUCAGGUCACGUGACCUGCGGUCCGGCUGGGACUGGAUGGAGCCGCUGGACCCGGAGAACGGCGGCGUCGGAACCCGAGACUUCAUCAAGAAGGUGGAGGUGAACGCCCCUGAAGAUGAGCCUGGGAAACCCCAGAGCCGGCUGAGGCUGACGCGACGCCUGGAGCCGCCCUCUGGCCCCGCCCACCCAGAUGACGGUGCCGCCCUGGGUGAGCCAACACAGAGCGACCACACCUACUGCCUGGGCUUCAAUACACCUGAGAGCAGCAGCCAAUCACUGGAGGACAGGCCGCCGUCCUGGUUGUUCAGCUGGGCACAAAGAGACGGAGACGGCCGCUGCUCACCUGCAGAGAAGAAGAACGUGCCAAGUGUGGUGCUGAGGAAGGUGACAGGUGAUCAGUGGGUCCUCCGGACUGGAUCUGUUAAAGAAGAGGAAGAGGAGGAUGAAGAGAAGGUUCAGACGAAGAACAGGAAGAGAGACGAGACUUCAGCAUCAGGACAGAAGAUGCGCCGCCAGGCCUGCCGGAGCUGCGCUGCGUGCCUGAGGGAGAACUGCGGCGUUUGCACGUUCUGCCGCGACAUGAGGAAGUUCGGCGGUCCGUCCCGCAUGAAGCAGAAGUGUGUGAGGCGGCGCUGCCUGCUGCUGAGCAUGCGGAAACAGCCGACCAGGCAGCAGAACCGACCCGGGGAGCAGACGGAACCGUCUGACCCGGUCCGACCUGGAGACGACACCGACUGUCCGGACGCCCAGCGGGACGGCGUCCGCCGCUGGAGACACGAGAGGACGGCAGGAAGGCGAGAGGAGAUGAGGAAGAGGAUGUGGAUGAAGAGGAGGCGGGGCCAGAGGGGCGGAGCCUCCGAGACCCGGAACGGCUGGAUCGGUCCGCUGAUGAAGAGCGAGGAAGAGGAGACGCCAUUGUCCCACUGGCGCCAGGUCACUGGCGCCAGUGGGACCAGUUCAGCUCCAACUGGGACUCACCUGCAGUGGAACCUGACCCUGGACAGCGGCCACCUGUCCUCUGCCUGUCCUCUCUGACUCCGCCCUCACCUGUCUGUCCGGCCUGCUGCCUCAGGACGGAUCCGUCCUCCACGUCUCCACAGGCCUCACCUUCAUCCCUCAUCUCCCUCACCUCGCUGCCGUCCAAUCGCCCGAGCCAAAGGAGGAGGAGCAGCCAAUCAGCGUCGAGCAUUACUGCAGGGAGGCGGAGCUUUGGACCGG